UAGGGUGGGGCUGCUGGUGUCAGUGGCGCUCACGGGCAUCAGCAAAACUGCGCGUUCUAGAGCCGAGGGCCGCGGAGUCGCAUUCUUGACGUCUGGCGGCGCAGCCUGACGUCAUCAGUACUGGCCGCGAGCCUCCUUGGGGCUCGGGAACUCCACUGAGAUUUGUCCCGCGAUGCUGCGAUUGUUUCGGGCCGCUUCGCAGGCCUGGCAUCGACCCUCUGACUCCCGGGUCCUCACCUCGCUAGCGGAACACUCGGCAGGGCCAGCCGAGAGCUCGGAGUCGGGGGUUAGCGCGGGUCUCCUAAGUCCCGUGUUGCGAAAGUGCGAGCUCCGGGUCCCCGCGCACCGGCGCCCGGUGCAGGCCUGGGUCGAGUCGCUGCGUGGCUUCGAGCAGGAGCGGGUCGGUCUGGCGGAGCUGCACCCGGAUGUGUUUGCCACAGCGCCCCGGCUGGAUGUUCUGCACCAGGUUGCCAUCUGGCAGAGGAACUUCAAGAGAAUCAGCUAUGCUAAGACCAAGACCAGGGCUGAGGUGAGUGGUGGUGGCCGCAAGCCCUGGCAACAGAAAGGCAGUGGCCGUGCCCGACAUGGCAGCAUCCGUUCCCCCAUAUGGCGGGGAGGAGGCGUAGCCCAUGGUCCCCGGGGCCCUACAAGUUACUACUACAUGUUGCCCAUGAAAGUGAGGGCACUGGGCCUCAAGGUGGCCUUGACUGUCAAGCUGAUGCAGGAUGACCUUCACAUCGUGGAGUCUCUGGAACUGCCCACUGCAGACCCUCAGUACCUGACAGAGCUGGCCCAGUACCGCCACUGGGGGAAUUCCGUGCUUCUUGUAGACUUGACACAUGAAGAGAUGCCCAAGAAUGUUGUGGCAGCCACCUCCAGGCUCAAGAGCUUCAACUUGAUCCCUGCAGUUGGCCUGAAUGUGUACAGCAUGCUCAAACACCAGACUCUGGUCCUCACCCUGCCUUCCAUCGCCUUUCUGGAGGACAAGCUACUCUGGCAGGAUUCAAGAUACACUCCGCUCUACCCCUUCCGCUUGCCCUACAAUGACUUCCCCUAACCCUGCCCUGGGCACCUAGAGGCCCACCCCACUUGGGGACCAGGUCAGCACAUCAUCUGUCCUGCAAAAAAGCUGUUCCCUGGAAGCUGCUGGGUCCUGGUGCCAGGAGCAGGUAACUGGAUAGAGCCAAGAUGAAUGCCUCCCGGGGAUCUUUUGCCACAUUAAAAGUAAACCCUGUUGUUCACAAGA